AUGUCGAAUAAUAGAGGUAGACCACCUCCACAACGUAAAUUAAGUAGUCCAACUACUGCCACCGAUGUUGUUUUUGGGGUUUUGGUUCAGAUUUCUCGGAAAUUCUUAUUUAUCUCGCCGGCCAAGAAGGCGAUCUUCCAUUUUUUAAUGAUUUUGGUACUCUCCAUCUACUCUGUUUACUCUACACUUCCAGAAGUUUAUUUGGCACAGGUAAGAUUUUUUUAAUGUUUUUGACAUUUAGAACAAGAGUUCACUAGCUUUUCAUCUUGUUUUUGGCAUCAAUCUUCAAUAUUUGAUAAUCAGUUGUCUGAAACAGGUUUCUCCAUCGAACUUUUUGACCACACAACUACUAAUUUGUACUUUUUAGAAGCACAACAUAUUGAACUUGUAUUUCACAAAGAUUGGAUGGUUUUGGACUUUAUUGGUUUUGGUUCCAUUCGUUUCAUUGACUUCGUAUAUUCACCACAACUCGAUUCAGACCACUUUUGUUCAUUUAAUGCGGCUGGUGGUUGCUACUGGUUUUUGGUACAUUUGCACUCAUGCGUAAGCUUUAUUUCUCUGUUUUACAGUUUUAGAAAUUGGCAUAUCAAGCUGGAUUGACUUACAAUCACAUGAUUUUAGAUUCCUGCACGUUGAAAAAGUUACCGGUAAAUGUUUGGGAAUGCCAGAUGCUUUGAAUAGGCAUACUUGCUCUCAUGAUGGCGGCAAAUGGGUACCUGGAUUUGAUAUUUCUGGUCAUGCUUUCAUUUUACUGUACAGUAUCUUACUAAUGAGUGAGGAGGUAAGCUUAUUUGUUAAUUGAGUUUUUUAUUAUGUGUGUUGUGUUUUGUUCAAAGGAGUUUAAUUUUUUAAAGAAUUUUGUGAAUUUUAAUGGUUUUUUAAGCUUAAAGAAGAUUUUAUUUAAAAAAUUUUUAAAAUCUCUUAUUUUAGGCGAUUUCCUUCCGUCACUGGCCAACCACUCCUCUUCACAACCACAUUUCCCAUGAUUAUCAUCGGAAUCAAACCAAAACUGUGCAGUGGCUUUUUAUCGCCAUCUUUGCUUUACAUUGUAUCUGGGACAUUCAGCUGAUUGUUACCUCAUUGUACUUCCACACCAUUUCCCACAAAGUUAUCGGAUCUUUGUUCGCUAUUGGAGCAUGGAUUGUGACAUAUCGAGUAUGGUAUCCAAAGGAAGUGUUACUGUCAUUGCCUACACGACGAAAGAACUCACUGGUCGUUCCGAGCACUAAAAAGGCUUGGUAG